ACAACUAAAUCAAUUUGGGGAAUAAUAUUGCUUUUACUCUACAUUUCUAAUUCCCCAUAAUUCCUUUCAAUCCCGCUCCUGAUUCCCCUUACUUCCUACUUUCUUUACCCAUUUUGUCCAGCAGUAGGCAGCCCCUUCAUCCCAACAACUCCACCUUCAUCCUUUACCGGCCCACCAUCAACCUCCCGCGUUCUGCAUUCAGUAUCAAACCAUAGAGUGUCGCCAUGAACGUGGAUUCACCAUCAAGUCAAAACACUUCUCUCCAACGCCUUCAAAAUGUUGAGAAGAGAAUAGUUAGGGUUUUGGAGCUUGCAGGAGGAGUCAUGGACGAAAUUGCAAAUCCAGCUGGCCCUCGCAAGGAACUGCUCAACAACCAUUGUGGCGAGUUUAUGAAAAUGAUCAAGGAUAUUCAAGUAACGCUACGUGAAGAGAUCAAGAGCGCAUGUGAAUAUCGACCAUUUGAGAAGUGUGAUUACAGAGCAAGAUUAUCGAGUGAGAUUUCUUGCAAGAAGCUGGAGUGUGUAAUUUCUCAGCUUGAUAAGAUGGAAGAGACUAUUAACAGAUAUCAAGCUUCUGCAUAACAAUAAUCUAAAUCUAAGAAACUUUUCUUAGUCUUUCUCGAGUCGGGGAAAUCUUUUGGCCGCGCUCUUCUUUAUGGGUAUGAGUUGCCCUCGUCCUUCCCUCCCCAGACCCGGACCAUAUUUUUUUGUGAACGGAAUACAGUGGUUAUGAUGAUGAUGAUGAUCAUUAAGGAUGAAAUGAAUAAUGUCUUUUGGUGCUACGAAUGUAUUUUUUUCAUUUUUUUAAUCGAACUUAUCGUUAGAAACUACGCUUUACAAUUAUUAUUCAGAAUUAACCUUUUAAAGAGAUUUUUUGAGCUAUUACAAAUUUAGUAGGUGAUGGGUGAGCAGAAGUUACUGCUUAACUGUUGAGAAAAAUGGCACUAUAAAACACAUACUUUCUUCCUUUGUGUUAUUAGAUGAGUAAACAUAAACCAAUUCAAUCAAGCAAACAAUAAUAAAGUAAAAUUGCAAAAGUAAAGCACACACAAUAUUUUUACGUGGAAACCUAAUGAGGGAAAAAACCAAAUGACCGUAAGUGGUACCAAAUUGUUCCACUAAUCACCAAUAAAAUUAAUGGGUCAACCAAAAUCCUAUCUAGACAAUACUAGAGGCAAUACAAACACCAAACAACUCUAAAACAUUACUCAAAAGUGGUAAAAUAAAAAUUACGGUAAAUUAAGGCAAAUACGAAUUACCCACUUACAAUGUACAAAACGACAAUCCAACCGUUGAAUAUGUAGGUUGGAUAGACAAGAACACCGUGUCAAAAGUUGAAGCAAAACAAUUAUGAAUGGCCUUCAAUCGGAUUGAUGC